AUGGUUUCCCACGUCCCGAGGCAACAGCUGUACAAAAACCACUACGAUGGAGUCUCCUAUACGCUGAAGACCUGGGUCUACGACCUGAUGGUCUUUAUCUUCGACGUGAUCUUCGCGAUCUUCUUUCGCGAAAUAAAAGUCCGCGGUACCCACAACGUUCCUGCCAAAGGUGUGCCCACUAUUCUGGUGUGCGCUCCGCACGCCAAUCAGUUUGUUGACGGCGCCCUGGUGAUGUCUCAAGUCCGGAAACUCAAGGGCAACCGCGACAAGAUGACCUGUUUGGUAACCGCAGAGUCCAGCUAUAAAAAACGAUUUAUUUCCAUUUUUAGCAAGAGUACCGGCGGCAUCCCUGUCCCCAGAGCGCAAGACAACUUGAAGCCCGUGGAUUCAGAUCUGCAAAUUUACGUGCCCGAUUGGGGAUCGCCCACUGUGUUGAAGUGUCGGAGCGUUGGAGAAACUCAAUCGCCAGCACUCACUUCUCGGUUCACCGCUAAAUCUCUGGUUGGGUUGCCCUUCUUCCUCGGAAACGCGCAGAUUGCCGAAAUACCAGAUGAUGAGACCUUGAUUCUGUCAAAAGCUUUUAAGGAUAUUCCCAAAGUUCGCGAACUACUAACAAACGGUACUAAUUUCAAGUAUGCCCCUAAGAUCGACAAUACGGAGGUUUUCCAAAGCGUCUUCAACCAUUUACAUACCAAUGGCUGUGUUGGGAUUUUCCCCGAAGGCGGCUCUCAUGAUAGACCAUCUUUGCUACCCAUAAAAGCCGGUGUUGCUAUCAUGGCCCUUGGCGCUGCAGCUGCAGACCCCAGUAUGAAAAUAUCAGUCGUACCCUGUGGUAUAAAUUAUUUUCAUCGAAACAAGUUUAGGUCUAGAGCAGUUCUUGAAUUUGGUCAGCCUAUCGUAGUGGAUGGUGCCAUGGGUAAAAAAUAUGAAGAGAACCCUAGAAGCCAAACUUCUGAUUUAUUGGAGAAAAUAACGCAGGCACUGUACGCGGUGACCGUCAAUGCCCCAGACUAUGAAACCCUGAUGACCAUCCAAGCUGCAAGGAGACUUUACAGACCAUCGGUUACCAAAGAGGGCCAUGGACAUCUGCCACUGCCUCUGGUUGUUGAGAUGAAUAGAAGACUACUUAUCGGAUACUCGAAGUACAAAGAGGACCCUAGGAUCAAGCAUUUGAAGGCAAUGGUAUCUCAAUAUAACUCUAAACUUUUUGCACUUGGAUUGAGAGACCAUCAAGUGCCGCAAUUGAGCCCGAAAAGAGGCAAGUGGAUACCUCUUUUUACUCUUGCAACUCGACUUCUCUUGAUUUUUUUCUACCUUUGUCUGUCACUUCCGGGCACCGUUUUGUUCAUGCCUGUCUUUGUAACAUGCCACUACUAUGCGCAAAGGAAGGCCGAAGAUGGCUUGAGAAAAUCUUUGGUGAAGCUCAAAGGGACUGAUCUUUUAGCUACCUGGAAACUUCUGGUUGCUUUAGUAUUUGCUCCUGCCCUAUACGUGACAUACUCCUUAGCACUAUGCUACCUGGUGAAGGUAUAUCCUACCCUUUUCAAGCAUAUCUGGGUUGUGGGGGUAAGAGAAAGUUGUCGCAAUAUGGGAAACUUUGCCUACUUUUAUGCGUUACUAGUUGCAGCGACGUAUGCAAGCUUCAAGACCGGGGAGUCUGGAAUGGACCUUUUUAAAUCUCUGCCACCUUUAGCCAUCUCGGUCGUAUAUCCACAGCGUCAUCUCGAGCAACUACAGAAAACGCGUGAAGAAUUAAGCUUGGAAGUAACGCAAGUAUGCAACGAUUUGGGGCCCUCAGUUUUCCCCGACUUUGGAAGGUUCUUAAUUACGCAAGAAGCAGCGAAGCAUGGAGAAGCUGAUGUGGACCCCCAGGUCAGAAGCAGAUCGUCAUCUGUGCAUUCUGUCAGCUCAGAUUAUUCGAAUGCCCUAUCGAAGGUGAAUUCACGUUCCUCGCUUUCUGAUAUCCCAAUUUUAGGUGAAGGAUUGACAGAUGAUCAGCAAGAAACACCAUGGGACGUGGUAAGCCCUGCAACAGAUUCUCUCAUUGGAAAGCUUGUUAGACAGAAGAUGCAAUAUGACAAAAAAGACUAG